CUGAGGGACAAAAUGUGGCUCCGGGAGGAGCUGCUGAAGUCCAUCUGGCACGCCUUCACAGCCCUGGACGUGGAUCAUCGUGGGAAAGUCUCCAAAUCUCAGUUAAAGGUGUUGUCCUACAACCUGUGCACCGUGAUGAGGAUCCCUCACGACCCCGGGACCUUUGAGGAGCAUUUCAAAAAUGAUAACGAGGGGCCUCUAUCCAACGAGGGCUACAUGCCUUACCUGAACAGGUACAUCCUGGACAAGGUGCGUGAGGAUUUCGACGUGAUGGAGUUCUCCAGGAUGUGCUGGACGCUGUGCUACAAGAAAAACGUUCACUCUCAGCGUCUCAUCAUCUCGGACAACGACGCCUUCAAAGUCUGGUGCCUUUUCAACUUUCUGUCCGAAGACAAAUACCCGCUCGUCAUCGUCAUUGAAGAGGUGGAGUAUUUGCUGCGAAGGCUGUCGGAGGCCACGGGGAUCUGCUGGAGCGAGGAGAAGUUUUCAGAUUACAAGCUGCACCAGAACACGAGGAGCUGCCUGACCGUCUGGGGGCUGAUCGAGCUGGUGGGAGUGACCUACUUCAGCAAGGGCGUGGACCACCAGACUCUGUCCAUGGGCAUCAGCGAGGUGUUCUCAGAGCUCAUUCUGGAUCUCCUCAAGCAGGGUUACAUGAUGAAAAAAGGCCACAGGAGGAAGAACUGGACUGAGCGCUGGUUUGUUCUCCGACCCACCUCGCUGUCCUACUACAUCUGUGAAGACCUGGUGGAGAAGAAGGGAGACAUUGUUCUGGACCAGAGCUGCUGCGUGGAGUCUUUGGUGGAUAAAGAUGGAAAAAAAUGUCUUUUUAUUAUCAAAUGUGCCGACAAAAGCUUUGAGAUCAGCGCAUCGGACAAAAAGAAGAAGCAGGAAUGGAUUCAAGCUGUACAGAUGUGCAUCCAGCUGCUGAGGUUGGGGCUGUCGUCUCCUCACCGCGAGGCGCGGCUGAGGCGCAGGGAGCUCCGGCAGAAGCAGCAGGUGGAGGAGGAAGACCUGGCGGAGGCGAUGAGGAGGCUUCAGGCGGCCAAUGAGAGAAAGCAGAGCGAGCUGGAGGACAUGAGGCUGAAAAUGGAAGAAGUUGCAGCCAAAGCAACACUGGAGGAGUUCAGGAGGAAGAAGACUCAGUCGGACCUGCAGGAUCGCUACAGGUUGGACUUGGAGAGAGAAAAACUGGUGCGGCAGCAGAUGGAGGAGCAGAUGGCUCAGAAGACCAGUGAGCUGGAUCAGUACCUGCAGAGGGUCCGAGAGCUCGAGGAGAUGUACCACCGGCUGGAGGAGGCCUUGGAGGACGAGAAGCAGACCAAGCAGGACGAGGAGGCCAUGAGAAAACUGCAGGCCAGGCUGCUGGAGGAGGAGGCAGAGAAGAGGGCACAGCUGGAGCAUCUGUACCUGCAGCAGCAGAGGACGCUGUCUGAGGCCGAGGCGGAGAAGGAGGAGCUGAGGGCCGAGCGUCUGGACAAGGAGAGAGACCUGCAGGCGGCAGCGCAGCAGCUGGAGAGACUGGAGAGGGAGCGGCAGGGCGCAGUGGAGCAGUAUCAGGAGGUGUCGCGGAAGCUGCAGCGAGCGGCGAAUAAAACCAAGACGUGGAAAGAUAAAGUGGCCAAACAUGAGGGUCUGGUGCGCCUCAUCCAGCCAGGUCAUAAAGUCCAGCAGAGGAUCACUAACUGGGGCCCGGCGUCGUUCACUGACGCCGAGCUGGAGCUGAGGAAGAAAUCGUGGCAGGAGAGUAAAAAUCAGGGAGCUCAGGCUCAGUGA